ACAAAUAUAUAUACAAUUCAUCAAUAUAAUCAUUACAAUUUCACUUGUGAAAGAAACAAAUAUUCAAAUUGCAACUUUAAUCUUCAACUCUUCAAGUAAAAAAAAAAACCAUGGAGGAUUCAACCCAAUUCGAUGUGAUCGUGAUCGGAGCAGGCGUGAUGGGAAGCUCAACCGCGUAUCAAGCGGCUAAACGCGGCCAAAAAACGCUACUCCUCGAGCAAUUCGACUUCCUGCACCACCUUGGAUCGUCUCAUGGAGAAUCUCGAACAAUUCGAGCUACUUACCCUGAAGAGUACUAUACCCCGAUGGUGAUCGAAUCGGAGAAACAAUGGAGAGAAUUUGAAUCAGAAAUCGGGUACAAGGUUUACUACAAAACCGGGCAGCUGGAUUUGGGUCCAGCUGAUAAUAGCUCUCUGGUCUCAAUCAUCAACAAUUGUAGAACACACUCGAUUAAUCACCGGAUUCUCGACCGUGAUGAGGCGAGGACACGGUUCUCUGGAAUGGUUGAGAUUCCAGAGAACUGGAUCGCGGUAACGACGGAGCUUGGUGGUGUUCUGAAGCCUACGAAAGCGGUCGCGAUGUUUCAAACACUCGCGAUCAAACAUGGGGCGAUUCUUAAGGACAAAAGGGAGAUUGUAGACGUUGCGGUUGAUAAACAUCGAGGCGGAGUUUUGGUUAAGAGCGGAUCGGGGGAGAAGUUUUGGGGGAAGAAAUGUGUGGUGACCGCGGGAGCUUGGAUUAGUAAAAUGGUACAAAAUGUUUGCAAUGGUGGUGUGAAUUUGCCUGUACAACCUGUUGAAACAAGUUUGUUUUACUGGAAGAUUAAAGAGGGUUAUGAGGUUGAUUUCACCGUUGGAGCCGGUUUUCCGUCGUUUGCAAGCUAUGGUGAUCCGUAUAUCUACGGAACACCGGCUUUGGAGUUCCCGGGUUUGAUCAAAGUUGCGGUUCAUGGUGGUCGGGAAUGCGAUCCAGAUUCGAGGACAUGGGGAGCAGCAGCGGCAGGUACUGAAGGUACAACAAUGGUGAUUGGAUAUCUAAAAGAAUGGAUCAAAUCAACGUUUGGUGAUCGAGUCAAUUGGGAAGAUGGGCCGGUGAUGCGCCAAUCUUGCAUGUAUUCAUUAACACCAGAUGGAGAUUUCGUGAUUGAUUUCUUGGGUGGUGAGUUCAACGAAUAUGUGGUUGUUGCCGGUGGGUUCUCGGGUCAUGGGUUCAAGAUGGCUCCGGUGGUUGGGCGGAUAUUGGUGGAUUUAGCGUUAGGCGGAAAAGCGGCUGCGGCCCAAGAAGAAGAAAUCAAGCAUUUUAAGCUUAGAAGGUUUGAAGAUAACCCCAAAGGAAAUGCUAAAGCCUUUGAAGAACAAGUUCGUCUUAGGUAAUUUCAAUGGUUGUUUGAACUUUGAAGUAUGUGAUACGUUACAUUUUUAAUCAAUGUAGUAAUCCAUUUUGUUUUAAAUGUA